AUGGCAGAUCCUAAAUACGAGAAUCUCCCUGGCAUAGCAUACGAUCAGCCUGAUGUAUAUGAAACCGGUGACUUACCGGAAGCAGACCAGCCAGAUCCUAUAGAGGAAGAGGAUAACGAGAAUAUUGAACAAUUACAUUUAUCUGUAAAGGACUCAUUUAAUAAGUUUAAAGGGAAAUUUUUAACUGGCACUGUAGAUUUUUCCGAUAGACUCAGCAGAAAAUCGCGUAUUGGAUACAGGGCAGGGGAAUGGGAAUUGGCAGCUGAGGGUGAACCAGAAACAGCCCUGGAGCGCUACAACAGGUUGCGCUGCGAAUUUUCUGAAUUAUUAGAACAAGUUACUGAACAGCAAAAUAAAGCUACAGAAAGUGAAAAGGAGGAGUACACAAAACUCGCAGUUCAAAUAAACUCAACAAAGAAACUGCUUGAAGAGUUAAAACUGGAAGAAGGCGAGCAAAUUGAUCCUAAGGCUGAAAAAUUAAAGGAGUAUUUAUCAAGUAAUGGCAAAAGGAAGCAGGGAGAAAUGGUAACUGCACAUUUGAAACUGAAACCUGAAGUGAACUUAGCGUAUACUACACGGGUAGCACAGCUUGAACACAGGUUACAUAAAUUGGAGCAGGCAGCUGGUGUUCGGGAUGAGGAGGCUUUCAGGAGAUUACAGGCAGCUACUGGACAGGCGACAUUAUGUGGCGCGGCCGCAUCUCUUGCAGCGCAGGCGGCGCUUCUGCGGCCCGGCGAGUUGGCUGCGGCUGACGCACGCGUCACAGCGCUCAGGGCCAACGUGGACGCGCUUAAAGUUAGCGUCAAACCUGCCGAUCCUGAUCUAGACGCUAAGGUGAACGAGUUAUACAAGUUAUUGAAACAAAUUGAUGGUAUUUCACAUUCUGAGAUAUUGGAACGUAUGGAAGCACUCGAAGCACUCCACCAUCAAGCAUGCAACUUUGGCAAAUCUCUGACGGAACUGGAAACCUUACAAACAACAAUAGCAAGCGGUGUUCAGAACAACAAAGAGUUACUCCAGGGCGUGCAAGAAGUGUUCGCCCACAACGUUGACAGUCUCCAGAAGGAAAUAAAGAAACUGGAUGACAGGAUCGGUAAACUGGCUGCCGCGUGA